AUGGCUUACUCAUUAGAUGCAAACAAGUGGAAAGCUUAUCAGUUCAGUGACCCCUUUGCAGUAGGACCGGAUUGUGAUGCCUACCCUAUUACAAAUUUAAGACAAGAAAUUAAGUUUACUGAUACUGCUUCAGACGCCCUCAAGUUGGGCUAUAUUGCUUGUGAUUUCUGUGACCCAUGUCAUAGUUCUAUUGUUGAUGUUGACUUGUUAAUCAAGUGUGUCUCAACUAUUAAUCACCAAAUUGGCUUUAUGCCUCCUUUAUUGGAUGAAGAUGAAGAGUAUAAUACCCAGAAAAUUAAAGAGAAUAUCUUGGAAACUAAGCGAGCCAACGAAGAACAGAUUCUUAAGACGUUCAAUAACGUUAUCAGUAAUGAGGGCAGCUACCAACAUAGGUACUCGGUGCCUAUUUUCAACACCCUGGGAAAACUUUCCAAGGAUUUGGAAUCUACUCCCUUGUCGAAGAAUGAUUCCGACCAUUAUAGAUUAGUUGAUUUGGCGUGUCGUCACUUGGCGCUAGCUGCGGCCGUCAGUGUUUUCCAACCACAUUCAAGGAUUGUCACCUCUCCCGAGGUUGAAGAUAGAAAUCCCUCCACUGGUGGUAGCAAGAAGAAGCGUAGAAGACGGAGAAGAGGCGGUGUACUUGGUUUUAAAGAAUUGGCUGCCAAGUCUAAGUUGAGUGCUUGGCACUUUCAUAGAGUGUUUAAAUCAGUUACUGGUUUAACCCCAAAGACCUAUGGAGAUAAAUGUUUUGAUUUCCUCAAGAAGGUUGAAAAGAGUGGCGAAUAUACCACAUUCCAAGAAGCUCCAGUAUAUAACUCUCCUCCUAUGAGUUCUAACAGCCAAUCACGUCCUGUGUCUUCCAUCAAAGACGGUGAGAGUAGCCUAGGUGCUUCACCUUUACAACAAAAUUCCCCCUACAGGAUGGUAAAGUUGGAAAAUACUCCAAUGUUAUUCAAGACUGACUUCUUCAGUCCUACUCAACAGUUAUCUCAACAAACUUAUACCAAUCCCAGUGUUAUGAUAACUCCACCCAAUGAAUCAAUCCAAUAUACAACACUUUCACCUACUCAAGCACUUGAUUCUCAAGGCUCAGCUACAAGUAUUCCCAAUCUCAAUAUUUCUGCCGAGUUGCAAAGACAAUUAAAUCCAAUGACACAGACUAGCUCUAGCACUACAGCCUAUGGAGACCUUCCAGCCACAUCUGCCGACGAUAUUUUUCCUUCCCGGGCAUUUUCAUUACCAGAAUUAUCCAGAUCAGGAACAUCGGCCCUUUUGAGUAACACUUUUCCUGCUGACUUGAAUGUUGGUGUUGCUGCAGCUCAGCAAAGUUUACUUGAUCCUCAAGUGACCCAUCAACAAGGUUUUGAUCCCAUUGCCCCUGAGUACGACUUGAGCCGUGAGAUCUAUCCAGAGUUGUCGAGAAGCUUAGGUCCAAGUCACGCUAAUGUUACUUUUGAAAUUGGCCCAAGUGACCUCGCCAGCAACGCUAUGGUGGGGACCUUGAGUGCGCCUGAAAACCUUGGGUAUAGUACUACUGAAGACAUUUUCUCAAAUGAUCAAAAGUACAACCCCCAAAUGUUGUCAACCAAUAUUGGAUUAUAG